GAACUCCCAAUUUCCACCAAUGAACGAGCGGUGUGCACCAGGGACCCCGCAGCUGCCUUCAGUUUGUUCCUAAAGUCCGCUUUAUGGCGACAAUUCAAAUUUUUAUGUAUUUUGACACUUUACUACUAUCAUUGGACUUUAUUAAGACUCAGUUCAUUCAACAUUGACAGUGAGAAAAGCCUUUACUCGCUUGGCUUGCUAGCGCUUAUGCUAGCUAACGUUAGCCCGGGCUUUACUCGGUAAAUUAAACAACAGCAAAUAAAGAGGUGGCCAAGGCGUGCCUGAUCGCAAACCGCUUUGUUUUUGGUCACGAAACAUGACAUUGGCACACCAGGCGUGUGCUUAAGUGGACAGACACAUCACCCCGGCGUGGUAGGUGUGCUGCACGCACACUUGCAUAAUUGUAGCCUUUAGGGGCUGUGUCAGCAGCCACCAUCGCACGGUACAAGCUUCAAAAAGCUUCAAAAGUAAACCAAAAGCAUGUGUCACUCUGGGCUGCCUGCUGCCGCCUGCACGCAAUUAUUCCUUGUCUGCGCCUGCUGGAUAUAUAAGAUCUGAUUACGGGACUUGGAUUGGAGAAAAAUGAGUGCGAGGAAAAAGGGGGGUAAGCCCAACAGAGGAGGAGGGAAAUUCAACAAGCCAAAGGGAGGUGGAGGCGGUGGAGGCGGUGGAGGAGGUAAAAGAAAAGGAGCAGGCUGCUACUUGGAUGACGACAAUGAUUUCAUGCUUGAUUUUGGACCUUCCAAUCGAGCAAGCAAAUCAGCAGACCAGCCAGAGGGCGAAACGUCGGUGGCAAUGCAAGUGGCAGGAAUGGGAAUCGUGAACGGGGAGAUAGAGAUCGAGACAGAAGAGCAGUUCUCCCCAAAUCGCUAGCCCAGAACAGAACAUUUGCAAAGUCCGUUGACAGCAGCAGAGCAGAGACCAGCAACAUGCCCAUGCAGAAGAUUUUAAUGACUGACAAGAACCAGGAACUCCUCAAGGAGCUGCUGUGGGAUCUGCGGACACGCAACUUUGAUGAACAUUAUGAUGAAAGUGGCUCUGAUGAUUCAAAUGAAGAAGAGGAAGAGGAAGAUGAGCUGGACCACCGUGAGGAAGGCGAGUUUUGGACCACCAGGGAUGAGCCUGUAGAGAAAGCAGAGAGCCCAGAGUACGAGUCUGACCAGGAGCGUCCUCCCGCUGAACCUGUCAUCUCCUUAUUUGCUAUCGGAAAACUCUGCAGGUAUGGUUUCAACCGGGAGCGCUGCCAGCAAGCACUGAAGUCCGGAGGAGGAGAAUUCGGAGCAACAUUGGAGAAUCUCCUCCAUCAAGUUUACUCCGAGCGCUGCACGCAGGAAGCUGUUUCCACUCAGGACCUGAAAGGGAUGUCGAUGGAGGAGUGUCUCAACCAAAGGCAGGAGGAAGCUCUGGCGCUGACGGCCAUUUUUGGUGACCGUUUCAAUGAGCGCAUCACCAACUCGGUGUGGGUAGUAACCCUCGAUCCAUUAUUCCUCACGGAAGACAUUGGCAUAAAGAACAGCAGCAAUCAGCCUGGUGGAAGGUCUUCUGAAAACAUCUGCAAGUUCUACCUUAAAAGCCAAGGCUGCAGGUUUGGCAAUAAAUGCAAGUUCAAGCACCAGGCUCCAGUCCAAGCCGCACCAGACUUGAAGGGACCAGCUCAAGCUGGAAUCAGCAGCUUCUCUCCCACGGAGUACGAACUGGAAGUUCGCUUCCCGAAAGGAAACCGUUACCCGGCUCAAGCGCCGGUCGUCGCCUUCAGCACCAAUGACGAGUCCAUCAGCGCCGCGGGGAGGCUCGCUGUCACCGAGAUGUUGUUCACGGAGGCGUCGGCUGCAGCCCAGAGAUGCGAACCUGUUGUGUACACUCUCGUCAGCUUGUGCGAGGACGAGGACACGAUGCAAAGGCUGCUGGACGCCCCUCAUCACAAAUACAGCACGCCGCCACCUGUUGUGGUGGCUCCUCCUCCUUCCCUGCCGGUGAGGAAUGUGGGGAGCGAGGCUUUGGAGGAAAACAUCUGUCCCAUGAGAAGGACCACUCCAACAAUAGACCGGACUGGAGAGGUGGAGGAGCAGGAAAAAAAAGACUCUUAUCCCAUCAAGGCGGAGAGCUACCCGAGGAAGAGGGUGGCCAUUAAUCCCAAACUUCUUCAAGAAAACGGCAAAUUGUGCAAAGACUUCCAGAGGAACCAGUCAUCCAAGCGCUUCAAGUCCAUGCUGGAGGAGAGGAUGAAGCUGCCAGCGUGGAACGAAAAAGACAACAUCCUCGAUCUGUUGGACGAGUGUCAAGUGUUGGUCGUCAGCGGCAUGACAGGGUGCGGCAAGACGACACAGAUCCCCCAGUUCAUCCUGGAUGCCUCUCUGAGUGGUCCGGCGGACAAGGUGGCCAACAUCAUCUGUACUCAGCCGCGCCGCAUUUGCGCCAUCUCAGUGGCCCAGCGGGUGUCGCAGGAGCGGGCGGAGAGUCUGGGUAACGCCGUGGGCUACCAGAUCCGCCUGGAGAGUGUCAGGUCGUCGGCCACCAGGCUGCUUUACUGCACCACAGGCGUCUUGCUGCGAAGGCUGGAGGGCGACAUGGACCUUCAAGGCGUCACACACGUCAUUGUAGACGAGGUGCACGAGCGCACAGAGGAGAGUGACUUCCUCCUGUUGGUGCUCAAAGAUCUGAUCCUUAAUAGACCAGACUUGAAGGUUAUUCUCAUGAGUGCCACAUUGAAUGCCAGCCUCUUCUCUGAAUAUUUCUACAACUGCCCAACAAUACACAUUCCAGGUCACACCUACCCUGUCACCCAGCAUUUUCUUGAAGAUGCGAUUUCUUUAACUCGAUACACGAUUGAGGAUGGGAGUCCUUACUUGCGCUCAGGGAAGCAGAACUUUGCGAGUGGACAAGGACGGAAAGGAGAGCCAAAGAACGUAGUGGACACCUUGGGGGACGAUGUGUGGAACUUUAUGUCUUUCUCUAAUAAUGAAUUUGUCAAAGACUCUGUCCCAGACCAGCAACUCAGUCUACAGCAACUCGUUAUCAGAUACAAUGAUUGUAAGAAGUCUGUACUGAAGACUAUUGCUGCAAUGGACCUGGACAAGAUCAACAUGGAUCUGAUUGAGAGUCUGCUGGAGUGGAUAUUAGACAGCAAAGGCGACUCCCCUAAAGGUGCAGUGUUGGUGUUUCUUCCAGGCCUCGCUGAAAUCAAGUCGCUCUAUGAGCAGCUCCAAUCAAACAGGAAGUUCAACAAUAGGCACACACGCAGCUGUGUGGUGUACCCACUUCACUCCACUCUGUCCAACGAGGAGCAGCAUGCUGUUUUCAGCCGCCCGCCCGAAGGCGUCACAAAGAUCAUUCUCUCCACGAACAUCGCAGAGACGUCGGUAACCAUUGACGACGUGGUUUUUGUCAUCGACUCUGGCAAGAUGAAAGAGAAAAGGUACGAUGCGUCUAAAAGCAUGGAGAGCUUAGAGGAGUCCUGGGUCUCCCGGGCCAACGCGCUUCAGAGGAAGGGGCGGGCAGGUCGUGUGGGGCCUGGAGUCUGCUUCCACCUCUUCACCAGCCACUCCUUCCAUCACCAUCUGGAACAUCAACAGCUGCCGGAGAUCCAUAGAAUUCCUCUGGAGCAGCUCUGCCUCCGAAUCAAGAUCCUGGAUGUGUUUGCAGAGCAGACGUUGGAGUCCGUCUUCUCUCGCGUCAUCGAGCCGCCAGCCACGGGAAGCUUGGAUGCGGCCAAACAGCGCCUGCAGGAUCUGGGCGCCCUAACCGCAGAGGAGAAGCUCACCCCGCUGGGCUACCAUUUGGCCCGCCUGCCUGUGGACGUGCGCGUGGGAAAACUCAUGCUGUUUGGCGCCAUCUUCCGCUGCCUCGACCCAGGGCUCACCAUCGCUGCCAGUCUGGCCUUCAAAUCCCCUUUUGUGUCGCCAUGGGACAAGCGUGAGGAAGCUAAUGAGAGGAAAUUAGACUUUGCUGUGGCCAAGAGUGACCAUCUGGCUCUGCUCCAAGCAUACAAAGGUUGGUGCAGCGCUAAAGCGGCCGGCAACAGUGCCGGCUCACGCUACUGCCGGGAGAACUUCCUGUCUUCACGCGUCUUGCAGGAAAUUGCUUCCCUCAAGAGGCAGUUCGCCGAGCUGCUGUCUGACAUCGGCUUCAUCAAAGAGGGGCUGAGGUCCAGAGCGAUUGAGCGGCUGUGCUCCCAUGGUUCUGAUGGGAUUCUCGAAGCUACUGGCCCAGAGGCAAAUCUGAACGCAGAAAACAUCCAUCUGAUGUCUGCUCUUCUCUGUGCUGCCCUCUAUCCAAAUGUGGUGCAGGUGCAAUCUCCUCAAGGCACUUAUACGAUGAGCAUCAAAGGAGCGGUGAAGAUGCCCCCCAAGGCCAAUGAGCUACGCUUCCUGACUAAGAGCGAUGGCUGUGUCAAUGUUCACCCCUCGUCAGUCAACUACAUGGUGCGGGGAUAUGCCAGCCCCUAUCUGGUUUACCUGGAGAAAGUGAAAACCAGUCGGGUCUUCAUCAGGGACUGCAGCAUGGUGUCUGUCUACGCCCUGGUGCUCUUCGGAGGCGGGCAAGUCAACGUGGAGCUGCAUAAGGGCCGGUUUGUCAUCUCCCUCGACGAUGGAUGGAUUCGAUUUGCUGCCGAUACUCACCAGGUGGCUGAACUUGUAAAGGAGCUUCGCUGGGAACUGGACCGCCUGCUGGAGGACAAGAUUAAGAACCCGAGCAUGGACUUGUGCACCUGCCCCCGCGGCUCCCGCAUCAUCCGCAUGAUCGUCAACCUUGUGUCCACACAGUAACUCAAAAGUGGUUUUCCACCUUCAUGUUGACAAUAUUUUUUGCUUUACACUUUCAUGUGUGUAUAGUUGUCCUAAAAUGAAGUGAGCUUAUUAUUAUAAACAUGCAUGUUCAAAUAGUACUUGAAGUGAGGUCCUGUUGGUGGACACAGCUGUCUGAUACUGUACACUACUGUGAUCAUGCACAAAUGCUUGUUAAAAAGCUACAUUGUUAGUUGGGAAAGAAGCCAGUGUGGCUUUUUUAUAUAUAUAUAUGUAUAAGUGUGUAUAUAUAUAUAUAUAUAU